AGUGGCUGGCAGGGUAGCGGUGGAGCUCCACGUCCAAACUCCAGUCACACAAUUGGGUGAUUUCAAGUUCAGUGUUGACCUUUUGGUGUUGGUGUUAGGUCAAUUUAAUGAAGAUGGUCCCAAAAAGUCACUCACUAGUUGUUGAGAUGUCAAUAAUGUGAUCUGGAGCUGGAUCAGUUUUACAAACUCUGACUCUGAGACUGAAUACAUCUAACAAUGGCAGGUACUAUGAAAUACUGGAAGGAGGCAGCGACACUGAUCAUUGCAGCCAGGUCAAAGACUCCUAUUUCCAACUACAUAGGCAACAAGAAAUUCACCUUUGAUUACCAAAUUCUCAUGCUUCAGAGAAAUGCCAAAGCAGGUUUUUUCCCAUCUGCUCAGGUCUUCCCCGGUGGACAGAUAGACAAGGCAGAUUUUAGUCCAGCUUGGUUGGAUAUCUUUAAGAAGUAUGGCAAUGUUCACAAAAAAGAGGACUUUGGUAGGAUGGUCAGUAUAGAAGGGAUAAGACCUUCCAUUCUUGCAAGCGAUCACCAGUCUCCAGUUCCUAUUGAUGUUGCCUUUAGGAUAUGUGCCAUCCGGGAGACUUUUGAAGAGUGUGGGAUCCUGUUACUCAAGAAAGCUAGAGACAUAUUGUCAAACCCAGAUACGGUGACACUCAGCAGCUGUAAAGCAAAAGGCAAUGCAGAUCUAGCGCUCUGGCGAGAACGAGUCCGCAACGAUGCCAGUAGCUUUAUGUCCCUUUGCACUGAAGUAGGCGGUGUCCCAGAUGUUUGGUCAUUAGGGGAAUGGUCAAAUUGGUUAACUCCUUCGGACUUCACAACCAGACGUUUUGACACAAUAUUCUACAUUACCUGCAUGGACGAACUACCAGAGGCCCUAGAGGAUACAAGUGAAAUUGUGCAAACCAAAUGGGUUACACCAUUGGAAAGUUUGCAGCUGUUUUCAAAUGCAAAGACAUAUCUUCCACCACCCCAAGUGUACGAGUUCAGGCGACUUCUCAGGUUUGAAUGUUUUGACCAGCUCUAUCAGUUUUCAAAGAGUAGAGCAUAUGAUGGCACAGAGCGGUACCUACCAGUUAGAUGUAAUCUUGAAGAUGGUGUUGUCUCUUUAUUACCAGGUGAUGCAUAUUAUCCAGAACAUCCCAAGGAGGAAACAGAUAAAGACUGUAUGCUAGAAUUGAACACCACUAUUGAUGAUAGCAACAAGAUAGAGAUUACAAACAGAUUGGUGUUUCGGACCGCAACAGUUACUGAUAUCUUGAGCUCAUACACACAACCCACUGGUCAGGUCAGUCCCAUAGAUGAUCAUAUUCCUCCUAUUGAGGAACUGGAGAGUAAUUCCAAAUUAUGAGUAAAUUUAAUCGGAAGGAACUCUUUGAGAGGUAACAAGAGUAAAGCUUCUAAACCAAAGAAUGGCUCUUCUAAUGUCCCCAUGAUAUGAUAUAUUUGAAUUAUAGGGCAGAUUUCUACUGCCUUGGGCCUGUUUCACAAAGACUUACAAUUAUUGUAACUUGAUUGGCUGCUGGGCCAUGAUACCACCAAAGUUUCCAUAACGGCAGGCAGAGUUGCAAUAAUUGUAACUCUUUAUGGAAUGGCCUCAUGUGGUGGUUGUUGAAUAUUGUCACCAUGGUAAGUGUCUAUCGAUGGUAGAGUUGUCAUUCAUGGACAAUUUUGUGAAACGGUCUAUUUUUUCCAAAACAUCUUUGAGAAUACUCAAGUUUGUGAUGUUUUUCAUGGUAAGAGUUGUUCCAUGAUCUCCUAAAUUAUACCUUGCCAGAUUAAUGAUGAGAGCAGAUUAAAGAGGGAGUAAAGUGAUAUCUAUAUUAAUCUGGGAAUCCGCAUAAACUGUACCUGCAUAAAUUUCCUGGGAUCGUGAGAGAGCAGAAUGUAUCCCCUUCACCUUCCAAGCAAAACUAAUAUAGACAAAUAUUCCAUUUUAACUGAUUAAAGUGAUUUAAUAUUAAAAACUUGCAUAAGAUGAUGUCACAAAAGUUGAAUAUUCCCCAAAUUGAACCAAAAUUGCAUUUAAUCUGCUAUAUUUUUUAAGAGCAGAUUAUGCAAAAGAUGUGUUAUAUACUUUCUUAUAACAUGUCUUUUUCAAGUUGAUUUAAUGACCUUGGUAUAUAUUUUUAUGAUGUUGACUUGUUAUGAUUGUAUUUAUUUGAUUAUAUUUUGUUGAAAAUGAAAUGAAUGAAAUGAAAAUGAAUGAAUUGAUUUCUGUAGUAAAGACACUACAAGGGGAAGACAGGACACUUAGAAGAGAUUUUUUGAAACGCUCAAUUUUGUACAAGUUCAGCAUUAGGUAGGUGAACUUUCAUGUAUCUGCAUGGCGUUGUGUAUAAAACAUAUGGGGCAAUGAUAGAGGGGGUGAGGUAGGGGCCACAAGAGUGGCAAAAGGAAAUAAUUCCGCCUCUCUUUUCUCAGAAAUCUGCAACUUGUUUCUUUAUUUCGUUAGCAUUUUUUAUAAAGAAAAAAAGGUUGAAAUUUUGAAUUUCCCCACUCCAUCACACCUUCUCUCACUUCCCCCAUGAUGAUACUCUAUGCCAAUGUAAACCUACAAAACCCCUUUUUUCAACCCUUGAUAAGUAUUCCCCCUUAUAAACUAUAGAUGGAGUUAUGUCAUGUUCCGUCCAUUAGCAACAUGUUUAUUAUUGAUAACUCAGUGGACUAUGAUUACCGGUACUAAGAUUUAGUGAUUAAUCAUUUUACAAUGUUGAAAAUAAGUGCCAGGUAUACAGUGUAAUACAAAAAUGGUGAUUAUAAUAAUAAUGAUACUGAUUAUCUACUACUACUAGGACUGCUACUAAUAAUGAUACUGAUUAUCUACUACUACUAGGACUGCUACUAAUAAUGAUACUGAUUAUCUACUACUACUAGGACUGCUACUAAUAAUGAUACUGAUUAUCUACUACUACUAGGACUGCUACUAAUAAUGAUACUGAUUAUCUACUACUACUAGGACUGCUUCUAAUAAUGAUACUGAUUAUCUACUACUACUAGGACUGCUUCUAAUAAUGAUACUGAUUAUCUACUACUACUAGGACUGCUUCUAAUAAUGAUACUGAUUAUCUACUACUACUAGGACUGCUACUAAUAAUGAUACUGAUUAUCUACUACUACUAGGACUGCUUCUAAUAAUGAUACUGAUUAUCUACUACUACUAGGACUGCUACUAAUAAUGAUACUGAUUAUCUACUACUACUAGGACUGCUACUAAUAAUGAUACUGAUUAUCUACUACUACUAGGACUGCUACUAAUAAUGAUACUGAUUAUCUACUACUACUAGGACUGCUACUAAUAAUGAUACUGAUUAUCUACUACUACUAGGACUGCUUCUAAUAAUGAUACUGAUUAUCUACUACUACUAGGACUGCUACUAAUAAUGAUACUGAUUAUCUACAACUACUAGGACUGCUUCUAAUAAUGAUACUGAUUAUCUACUACUACUAGGACUGCUACUAAUAAUGAUACUGAUUAUCUACUACUACUAGGACUGCUACUAAUAAUGAUACUGAUUAUCUACUACUACUAGGACUGCUACUAAUAAUGAUACUGAUUAUCUACUACUACUAGGACUGCUACUAAUAAUGAUACUGAUUAUCUACUACUACUAGGACUGCUACUAAUAAUGAUACUGAUUAUCUACUACUACUAGGACUGCUACUAAUAAUGAUACUGAUUAUCUACUACUACUAGGACUGCUACUAAUAAUGAUACUGAUUAUCUACUACUAGGACUGCUACUUAUAAUGAUACUGAUUAUCUACUACUACUAGGACUGCUACUAAUAAUGAUACUGAUUAUCUACUACUACUAGGACUGCUACUAAUAAUGAUACUGAUUAUCUAAGUACUACUACUAGGACUGCUACUAAUAAUGAUACUGAUUAUCUACUACUACUAGGACUGCUACUAAUAAUGAUACUGAUUAUCUACUACUACUAGGACUGCUACUAAUAAUGAUACUGAUUAUCUACUACUACUAGGACUGCUACUAAUAAUGACACUGAUUAUCUACUACUACUAGGACUGCUACUCAUGAUUCCUUUAGAACCCAGAAUAGUAAUACUAGUAUUGAUAAAUUUAUUCAAAGUUAUUUGCCACUUUAGAAAGUUGUUUAAAAGUGCCUUUAAUACCAUUUUUCCCCAAAAAAUUGAAAUAUGUAUUGAGGCAGAAUACAGUGUAUUAUGUACAUGUAUGUAGAAUAAGAAAUAAAGCUUGCAUUUCAUAAAACUUAGUCUUAUUUCUAUUCUGAAUAUACUAAAGGAAUUUCAAGUUGGUCUCAAGUAUUUGCUGUUUUAACACAUUGCUAUAUAUCUUCUGCUGUAUUCUCAUAAAUGUUUAUGAUGAAAUUGUUGCUUUAACUUACAUGUUUUCAGUAAAAUGUAUGAAAUAUACUUGAAAUAUUAAAAUUGAUAUUUCACCAUGUUUAGUAUUUUAUGAAAUAAAAAAUUGUAUAUCAAAUAUCAAUAGCAUGAAUACAAGCUCUGGCAAUGAAUUAUAUAUAUUAGUGUAGUACGUGUGUGAUUGCCUUUUUUCUUAAUGUAUUGCUAUUCUUCAAUGGAUUUAUUUAUUUUAUUCAUUGCAAAUUCUAUUUUUCAUAAUUUGAUUUAUGAAAAUAGAGGUGAUAAAAAUGGGCAAUUAGUGCAGUAGAACAUCCAUCCAUAAUGCAGAAUACACUUGCAAUCAUCAUUAAAAAUACGUCUAGGUCUUUCAUAUUGUACUAUAAAAAAUAACAAUACUGUCCACCAAACCUUUAACCAUUUAAUUUUCCCACUAUAUUCUGGCAACAACCAAUUUUAUUUUCGAAAUGCUAGGGUUACACUAAAACUGAAUUCUUCUGAAUGAAUUUGGACCAAUUCUGCCUGAAUACGGCCUGAUUUGGAUGGUUUUGAAUGUUUCAGAAUCCCAAAUUUUUUCGCAUUCACAGAGGGAGAACAGAAUACUCCCGAAACCACCCGCAUACGUGUAUUCGUAUGAAUUUGCAGCUGAUCCGGUUCCCAUGUAACCCUAGCUUAAAGGUUAAGUCCACCCCAGAAAAAUGUUCAUUUGAAUAAGUAGAGAAAAAUCAGACUAACAUAAAGCUGAAAAUUUCUUCAAAAUCGGAUGUCAAAUCAGAAAGUUAUGGCAUUUUAAAGUUUCGCUUAUUUUUCACAAAACAGUGAUAUGCACAACUCAGUGACAUGCAAAUGAGUCAGUCGAUGAUGACUAUCACUAUUUAUUUUGUUUUUUAUUGUUCGAAUUAUACAAUAUUUCAUUUUUUACAAAUUUGACAAUCCGGACCAACUUGACUGAACCAUAUGAAAUUAAACAAUGCUAAUUCCACGUGUUCAGGGAGGAGUUAAUCGUUGUUUCACUUGGCAAUGAGGAGAAAAUUAGAAUAUUUCAUAUUUCACAUAAUAAAAUACAAAAGAAAUAGUGAGUGGAUGACAUCAUCAGUCUCUUCAUUUGCAUACCUACCAGGAUGUGCAUAUGACUGUUUUGUGAAAUUAAGCGAAACUUUAAAAUGUCAUAACUUUCUUAUUUUACAUCCAAUUUUGAUGAAAUUUUCAGUGUUAUGCUUGUUGGAUUUUUCUCUUUUUAUUCAAAUAAAUUUUUGGUUGGGGUGGACUUGUCCUUUUAAGCAGCAACUUUUGAUCCAGAAUGGUGAAAGAGUAUUAAUUAAUCCUUUGCUUUAAUAAAUGUACAUGUCUUGAUUUC